AUGCUGUGAAAAGACGAUGGAGGUGAUGAGGAGCUCCCAAGAAGCUCUGCUGACAAUCGUAGAGGUGCUGCUGUACGAUCCUCUGUUCGACUGGACCAUGAACCCCCUGAAGGCCUUCAACCUGCAGCACGACGAGCAGCAGGAGCUCAACGCCACCCUGAACUCCACCAUGGGAGCAGAUGACCUCGACAGCCACAGGAAGUCCAGUGACAGUCAGAGCUUCAACAAGGUGGCAGAACGGGUGCUGCUGCGGCUGCAAGAGAAGCUGAAGGGGGUGGAGGAAGGGGCRGUCCUUAGUGUCGGGGGGCAGGUCAACCUGCUCAUUCAGCAAGCCAUGGACCCCAAAAACCUGAGCAGACUCUUCCCGGGAUGGCAGGCCUGGGUGUGAACCUGAGGACUGUUCUUUGGAUGCUCUCUGCCAGUUUGUGCACUUUAACCAGAGACUGAGARUAAAACGGUAGAUUCUGAACAUUUUAAAGUGCAGGACCAGCAGCUGUGAGCAGCUACAUGGCAACAUUUUGUUAUUGAAGCAGAACCAAAGGUUGUCCAAACUUUUAUGUUUUUAUACCAUGUGUUAUUUUCAUGUUGUGUAGGGUUUUCUCCUCACUUUWGCUUUUGUUUUUUAUUAGUUCACUGAAUGUUUCUUUAUUGUAUGAGCCACAAUGUGUCUAAAAAAGUGAGAACUUAACUACUUUAUACUAAGUGGAUUUUUUUAAUCUGCUGCUCUAUAAAAUAUAUGCACCAUUAAAAUAUAUAAGAAAAAAUUAGAUACAAGUUUUUUUUUCAUUAGUUUUGAUAAAGAAAUGUGAAAGUUCAGUUGUAAUGUGUUAUUAGUAUAACUUGUAUUUGGUUUUCCAUUAAAUUCUCAUUUCGACACACCCUG